GGAAAAACAGUCAGAGUGGUGUGUGCGAGGUAAAACCUGGAGAGAGAGAGAAAGAGAGAGAGGGCAAGUCGGAGUGUGAGAAUCACUCCUGCCCUCUGUCUUCGUGCACACUCGCUCUCUCUCUCUUUUGCUCUCUCGCCUUCCCUCCCUUCCUCUCUCAGGGAGAGAGAGAGGAGCGCGGGGUAGAGAACACAUCGCAGCAGAGAUGCAGCAGGAACCUUUCCGAGAUUUCGGGUGCCGGUCAUGGUGUCCGGGGUGAAACUGCGGGACCCCUUUCACGCGGGCCUUAUUCACCCUCGUCUGAGUGAGCGACAUCCGGCUUCUGGGUUGGCGCCCCCCUGCACCGAGGACCCCGCGAGUCAGCGCCGGACCCUUGCGUCUCCCCCACCAGUGACUCUUGCCGCGUCGGAAAGCCUUCAGGCGCCUAAACCCGAGGAAGAGGAAGGGGGAGGGGCCGUUUGUCAGCUGGAGAUGAAGGGGAAAAGACACUGCGGACGAGGGGAUGGGACGAUGGAAGAAAGCGUGGUCGACGGACCUAAAAAUGCCAAAAUCACCCUCAGCUUCCCGGCGAGCGCCGGGCCCCUCCCGGCCCCGCUGACGUCAUCCGGCUAUUGUCGUAACGCCCCGUCAUCCUCUUCCCCGCACAGACGCCGGCCUUCUUCCAAGAGCUCAGUCGAGGGGUCUCUAUGGAAACUGGACUCCACCAUGGACGUAAAGCACAGACCUUUUAAGCCCCCGAGGCACGACGCUUCUCCGUCCUCAUCGCCCUCCUCUUCCUCAUCCCCCAUGACUGUUCACACACUCAUCCGGAAGGAUAUCAAAUCCCCGCCUCCUCUCAAGUGCUCGAAAGUGUCCCCGGAGAUGCCGUUUCUUAAGUCGACUCCCGCGACUUACGCGGGAGACGGAUGGGAUGAGAGACACAAGAUGGCCAACGGUACAGCUUCCCCGUCGCAAACGGCACAGAUCCUCUUCAGCCUGGGCUCCUCGGCCUAUCAGAGAGGAGGCGGCGACGCGGAGAGGAAGGAGAAAACGACGGGAUGUCCAGGCGGGAAGCUGGGGAGCCCUCACGGACCGAGUCUACAGCCGCCCCCGCUUCACCUCGCGCCCCCCUUGCCGCCAUCCGAGGGGCUGACCCCACCCCCUCGCGCCACCUCCUACUCCCCAGCCGACGGCCUCAAACCUGAACUGAUCUGCGGGGUGUGCCACCGGCUCUUUAGCUCGGCCUCCUCGCUCACUGUCCACAUGCGGCUGCAUCGCGGAAGCCGCGCCCUCAGCUGCCGCUUCUGCGGCAAAGUCUUCAUCCACAGCAAAAGACUGCAAUCGCACGAGGCGUCCUGUGGAGCGCCCGUCCCGCCUUCCCGACCGGGCCCGUCUCUAGCCGUGCGGCCUAAGGAGGAGCCCCUGGAGGAAGGCGAGCUGAGACCAGAGGAAGGCGAAAUCGACGGGUCUGAGAAAAAACCAAGUAACCUGCUGUCACGUAUCCAAGGCGACGAUGACGCGGCAGCCGCGGAGCUCCUGACGAGUGACGAAAGCCAUUUUGUGAAGGUAGUGGACGGCAAUGUCAUUUACUUCUGCUCAGUGUGCGAACGCUCUUACAUGACGCUGUCCAGCCUUAAGCGUCACUCCAACGUGCACUCGUGGCGACGCAGGUACCCGUGCCAUUACUGCGAUAAGGUCUUCGCCCUGGCUGAGUACCGCACCAAACAUGAAGUGUGGCACACGGGGGAGCGGCGCUACCAGUGCAUUUUCUGCUGGGAUGCCUUCGCUACCUACUACAAUCUCAAAACUCACCAGAAAACCAUUCACGGCAUCAAUCCCAGUCUCAUCUCCAGUGAAAAGACAGCCAAUGGAGGCUACAAGCAGAAGGCGAACGCCCUCAAGCUCUACCGCCUCCUUCCCAUGCGCUCACAAAAGAGACCUUACAAGACUUACAGUGACAAUUUGCAUAAUGGCCUGCUGAUGUCACCCACCGAAGCUUCUUCCCUCUCUCUGCCUGGCCUGGACUGCGCUCUAACCGGAGACCUACAAAGUUUCAUCAGCGGGGCCAAUCCUCAGAGUGUCAAGCCUGACCCUGACGGAUUCUCCGAUAAUGUCCCGCCCGCCGAGCGCGACGGCUCUGUCUCGCUGCGCUUCCCCCAAACGGACUCGCUACACCCUAAAGAACACGACGAUGAGACCCACAAGUCGGAGCCAGUUCGCGGCGGCUCCAAAAUAUCCAGUAGCGGUAAAACCAAAAUUCCCAAAGCUCUUAGAUGCAAUGAAUCAGCAAGCACCCCUUCUGUGAUCACAUAUGGACAUGCAAAACAGUCGGUUAUAGUUCACGGAACUGCUGUGUCGUCCUCUGUCAUUGUGCACAGUAACCAGGUCUCCCCUCAAAGUGAACUCAACAAACUCUCUGAAAUGACACACAAGGGCAGCGCGAAGUCAUUAAAGAGACAAAGAGAAGGAGCAGACGGCCACAGAAAGAGGCCCCGAGAGAGCUUAGAUCCUAAGAAACCGGAAACAGAGACAGAUGGGUCGUGUUUUAAGUCCAGAAAGUCCCACGUCAAGAAUGACCUAGCCAAGUCAAAACAGCCGUCGCCAUUAACGGGCUCCCCGAUUAAAGAGACAGGUCCACUGUGCCAGAUCACUGUACGCAUUGGGGAGGAAGCCAUAGUGAAGCGCAGUAUCUCCGAGACGGACCUGAGGAGAGACAAAAGCCGCUCUCCCCCUAAAGGCAAAAAAGGCGAGACGUCUUCAGUGAAGGGCGCUCAUCAUCACAAACACCACGUUCAGCGGCGAGCCAGCCAGGAGGACACGGCGGGAGACAGCAAGGAGGAGGUGGCGGAAAACACGGGCAACUCCUCCGACGAGCUGAGAGAGUACAACUUUCGGCAAAAGGUGCGCGAACAGGAGAGCGACCAUGAUGUGGAGGACAACCUGUGGCGACCUUACUACUCCUAUAAGCCCAAGAAAAAGGCCCAGGCGCAGGUGCAGAGGUUUAAAAGCUGGCAGCGGAAGCUCAAGUUUAAGCGCGCUCUGCGGCUGAAGAGGAGAGCGGAAAAACUGAAAAAGCGUGGAAAUAAAGAGAAGAGAGAGGAAGACGGAAAGCCAUCAGAGACUGAAAAUGAAGAGAAACAAGCAAAGGAUGUCUGUCAUGAGCUUUCCACCCAUUCGCCACCUUCCCCAAAACCUCCUGUCGCACCCUCCGUCACCUCUACGGGACUCAAAAGGCGGGCUUGGACCAACGGGGAUGCGGCGGAGUGCUCUACGUGCGGCUGUUGGUUCUCCAGCUCCAACAAGCGAGACCAACACGAACUCAGUCAUCUUCUGGAGUUUGUGUGCCUCUUCUGCCGAGCCACUUUCCCGUCAAGGGACAAGUUGGAAGACCACCAAAAGAUGGAGCACCCCAAGCCCGCUGACACAUCCGCAGCACCUCCAAAAGCAGCGUUCGCUGAAGAUCCUGAUCCUCUCAAACCCGAAGGUAGUGACAAAAAGGAGGAUCAAGUCAAGUCAAGCCUGAGCAGGAGAGCAUUGUCUCGGCACACCUGCCCGCAGUGUCACAAAGUGUGCAAGACGUCCUCGGCGCUCAAUCGCCACCUCCGACGUCAUGAGUUCAGCAGCUCUUCGGAAAGGGCAGAGGAUGACGACCUUCCAAAGCCUGAAACGACAGCUCGGUGUAAUGACCCAGUGCCUGAAAAAGGCCAGGUAGUCUCUGUCAUCAGUUAUUUGACUGCAGACCCCCCUAAAAGCGUCGACUACUCAUCGACGCCGGAUGAACCGACGUCAAAAACUCGAGAAGCGAAAUCUGGCGACGAGCCCCGAACGCCCGAGUGCCCGCACCCGCCACCCGAGAGGAAGCCCAGCCCAAAGAUUAACCAGAGCCCAAUUAACCUCGCGCCAGCUAAAGCCCAGCUUGCCCUAGCCCCGCCCCGCACUCUCCAGAGCGUGCUGGUCAUGAGCAAGCCGGAAUGUCUGGACUAUCGCACAGCUGGCAAACGGAACUUUGAGACGAUGGCGAGCUCUUUACACAGCCUGGCAGCCCCUAGCACCUCCGCAAAUGUCCCCGUGACGCCACAGGCCAGAAUAACCACUGCCGCUCCCCCUGUUUCUAUGGCAACCGUCAACAGCUCGGAACGGGGAGUCGUGACUCGAGAUGGGGUCAUUAUGGACAGAGAGAGGCAGGCUCGCAGCGCUAUGUUUGCACACACCAGCUACAAGGAACAAAACCUGGCCCAAGAUCUCCGAGUCAAGUCCGUGUCCCGCAGUCCAUCUCCCAUCGAAGCACAAGACCUGACCAUGUCCUCCAUUCUAGCUCGAGAGAGGGAGAUGGAGAGGCAAAGAGUACAAAAAAGAGAAGUUGAAAAACAGCGAGAAAGGGGGCGGGACAAAGACCGAGGAAAAGAAAUGGAGAAGGUCCAGCACUCGGGUCGACAUGAACACACACCAGUGGACCAAACGUCUCUUUUGGUUCCCAAAGAGGAGCCUGUGAGUCCUGUUCCGUCCCCCCAACAGAUCCCCGCUCAAACCACUACGAAUGGGCACUCUUCGCACAGACACACUCCAAAGUCCCCCUGCCGCCCCACGCACUUAGCUGCGGCCAGCCAGCAGGUCCAAGAACUGGAGCGGCUCACGUUGCCCGGCGACCGCCCCUCCGCCCACGCACUCCUUCUCCCGCGGGCAACAAAAGCGCUAGAGUCCGAGCUCCGGGACACUUCCAGAGAUGUCCAACAUGUGGAGCCUGCGCCGGUGUGCUACCCUGUCCAGGAUUACCCUCUUCCACUCGUUGGGCCGGACACCUAUCAGCCAGCUAAAAAGCAGGACGACAACCUCCUGAUGUCCGCCUACCCCGCUGGAGCGCUUCCCUUCGGUCCUUUGGGAAAGAUGAUGAUCCCUAACAGCGCCGACUUGACCAAGCUGCCGUUCUACCCGGACCCGUACCAGCUCCUCUACGGCUCUCAGCUUCUGGCCUACCCGUACAACGUGGCUGCUCUCCCCAUGGCCCUCAACAUGAUGGCGCCCGGCACGGACAAGGUGGAGCCUCUGCCGUUCCUGCCGGCCAUUUUCAACUACGGCGCCGGCGCAGGGCCCUACGUCGGCGCUACGCCUCACCCGCUGGUGGCUAACCCCAGCUUCUACGGCAGUGGCAAGAAGCAACGAGACGGCAGCAGCAACAAACAGUAGGACGCCAAAAGGAUUCUAUUCCAAGAGGAUGGGACCGGGAGGAAGGGGUGGCCAAUGUUCCAGUGAUGUCUCACCACCCCCUUCCUCCCAUCUUUGUUCUCUGCUGUUUUGUCGUAGUGUGUCGUAGUUCUAGAACUUAUUAUCUUGAAUAUACGAAUAAGAACCGCGUACAGGGUUUCUUUCUCCGUAGCAACUCGAAGCCUGUUAAUUAUACUACUCGGAAUUUCAGCAUGAAAAUCUGUCUAAACUUUACCCAAUGUCCAAUUUGUCAAGGUUUCAGCACAACUAGCUUGUCCCGAACAACGGAUUCAAAAGAACAGAUCUCUGUAUUCUGGUUAAACUGCAACCGCUAUUUUCGGUUCAUGCUGAAAUUCCACGUAGCGUACUUCGACAGUGCGACUGCGAAUCUCCGGAGAUGUACCGCGGCGGUGCGCGCUUGUAUUCAAAAGAGUUUGUACGUAACGCGCAUGCUGUGGCUAACGUCCCGUCGCGGGAUCCGUGCAUGAGAGGCUCGGGCCGACGCGCAGCAUUCCCCCUUUAGUCGGUGUAGCGCCGCUAGCGUGUAGGAAGAGCGUACGACAACUCGUCUGGGCACGUGACGUGACUUUGUGGCCAGACGACACCGUAGGAUGUGUAUAGCGUAGUUGAUACCUUAUGUGCACAAAAAUAGUCAAGUAGUGGUCACUUAGAGGGGGGCACUUGUAGCUGCUUUGGAUAUGUAGCUGGUCACUGGGUAAAGAAAUGCAGGCUGGUAACUAUUGCACUUCCCUUCAUCUCGUUUCCCUUAGAAAAGAGAGGAAAUAAAGACUCCCCCCACUCCUCUUGGAGGAGAAGGACAAAGAAUGAUCUAAUGGAUUCAGGGUAUUGAGUUAUUAUUAAAAAAAUGAAGCAAAGAUCUGAGCUCCAAAGUGAUGCUUGGACACCCCCCAUGUCAUCAUGUUAUCUUGUUGAAGGUUAAGCCCCUCCCACUUGGGCUCGGAGUGGCAGGGGAGGGUCAAACCGAAAAAUAUGAAUGUAAAUUUUAGUCUCACGGUCAAAUGAAGUACAGCUGGAUUACUAUACAGUGGUAUUAAAAAGUAUAUGAACUUUUUGGAAUUUCUCACAUUCCUGCGUAAAAUCACCAUCAAAUGUGAUCUGAUCUUUGUCAAAUUCACACAGAUGAAAAAACAGUGUCUGAUUUAUCUAAAAAAACACAUAAACAUUUAUAGGUUUUCAUAUUUUAAUGCCAAUAGUACGCAAACAUUGACAGAAGAGGGAAAAAUAUGUAAGUGAACCAUCACAUUUAAUAUUUUGUGCCCCCCCUUUGGCAGCAAUAACUUCAACCAGACGCUUCCUGUAGCUGCAGACCAGUCUGGCACAUCGAUCAGGACUAAUCUUCUCUACAAAACUGCUGUAGUUCUAUCAGAUUCCCUGGAUGUCUGGCAUGAAUCGUUGUCUUUAGAUCAUGCCACAGCAUCUCAUUGGGGUUCAAGUCUGGACUUGGACUUGGCCACUCCAGAAUAUGUAUUUUGCUCUUCUGAAACCAUUCUGAAGUUGAUUUACUUCUGUGUUUUGAAUUAUUUUCUUGUUGCUUAGCUUCAACUGUUUGAUGGCCUCGGGUUUUCCUGCAAAACAUCCUGAGAAACUUUUGAGUUCAUUCUUCUAUUAUUGAUUGCAAGUUGUCCAGGCCCUGAGAUAGCAAAACAGCCCCAAAUCACGAUGCUCCCUCCACCAUGCUUCACGGUGGGGACGAGGUGUUGAUGUUGGUGAGCUGUUCCAUUUUUCCUCCACACAUGAUGUUGUGCGUUACUCCCAAACAAUUCAACUUUGGUUCCAUCAGUCCACAAAAUAUUUCAGCCAAAACAUCUGUGGAGUGUCCAAGUGCCUUUUUGCGAACGUUAAACGAACAAUUUUUUUUUAGACAGCAGUGGCUUCCUCCCAUGAACACCAUUCUUGUCCAGAGUUUUACAUAUAGUUGAUGUAUGCACAGAGAUAUUGGACUGUGCUAGUGAUUUCUAUAAGUCUUUAGCAGACACUCUCUGGUUCUUUUUUACUUCUCUGAGUAUUCUGCACUGAUCUCUCGGCUGCAUCUUUGGUGGACGGCCAUUCCUUGGGAGAGAAGCAACAGUGCCAAACUCUCUCCAUUUGUGGACAACUUCUCUGAAUGUCGAUUGAUGAGCAUCCAGACUUUUAGAGAUGCUUUUGUAUCCUUUCCCAGCUUUAUACAAAUCAACAAUCCUUGAUCACAGGCCUUUAGACAGCUCUUUUGACCGAGCUAUGAUGCACAUCAGAUAAUUCUUACCAGGUGUGUGUUUUAUAGUGGGCAGGGCAGCUUUAAACCACUCAUCAGGAAUUGGGCACACACCUGACUUAAAAUGUUUGGUAAAAAAAUGGUUUCAAUUAGGAGCGGCAACCUCUUGGUACCUCACGAUACGAUAUGAUUUGCAAUACAAAGCUCACGAUAACCAUGAUCUGACGAUAUGCUGAUACAACGAUUAUCGAUACAUUGGUCAGGAAAUCAUUCUAGGACACGGGUUUCAAACAGUUUCCAGAAAGGGCCAAGUGGGUGCAGGUUUGCUUUCCAACCAGUGAAGAGGACACCUUUUCACAAAUCAGAUCUUUUACAUGUGUAAUCAGUUAAACUUUGUCAGGUGCUGCUUGUUUCAGUAGGAAGUUCAUGGGUGAAACUCUCUGCACGGUAUCGGUUGGAACGAAAUCCAGCACCCACUUGGCCCUUUCUGGAAUCGGUUUGACACCUGUGUUCUAGGAUAUUCUACAAACAACUAAUUAACAGAAAAACAAGCUUCUCGUGUGAAUUAGAAUUAGUAUAUCACUAGUAGACGUUCAAUCUGUUUGAGGUGGGAGGGUGGCAGCGAAUGAACAUUCUAUGGCUGUCAGUGGCAGUCAAUGCCAGGCAAUUAGGUAAUUUUGGGCCAUUUAAUGUCUCACUGGAACAGCACCAAACUAAAGUUCCAGUUCAUCACCUUGUCCAAUGCAGAUUCUUGAUUCUUGACACCUUGUCCAAUGCAGAUUCUUGACUCUUGACAAGGUGAUGAUGCUGGAACUUUUGUUUGGUGCCGUUCCAGUGAGAUUUACAAAGCUGAUUGCCUGAAGAAGACAUCAAAAUUCCCUUAGUCCUUGAUGAUAUGGGGCUGCAUGUCAGGCAAAGGCACUGGGGAGAUGGCUGUGGUUAAAUCUUCAAUAAAUGCACAAGUUUACAUUGAAAUUUUAGACACCUUUCUUAUCCCUUCAAUGGCGUACCGCACGCAGGCUAUUUUUAGACCGUGACGUCACAUCGUAAAGAGGAAGUAAAGCCGAAGUGGGACAUUAUAGACCCGCCCUCGCAUAGACACAACGUAAUUUGUGCUACUUUUCUCGGGUAAUCUUUCAAAAACGAACAUGCUGAUCACGCAUUGCUUUUUUUGGAACUUGUAGAAACGACUCUAGACAUUACGACACAUGAAGGAUUUUUUCUUCAUACGUUUCCGGAAACCAAAAACUUGCGCGGACUUUAACACCAGCUCGGUGAAUCCAUUCACAUUUCAUAUGCAGUAAACAUUAUGUUGGGUUGGCAUGGUCUUUCAGAGGACAAAGAGGUAGGCCAUUUUUAUAUUUUUAACUUAUUUUUUUAGCGUAACGUUGUGCCGUACUGCUUCUGUCUGACAAUGAAUGACCUGAAAAGAAUUACAAUGGUAUCUGACUGCCACUGGUACCGUUUCUGUUAUAUAUAUAAAAAAACAACUUUAGUAAGGGGGAAGUGUAAAAAAAUCAUUUGUUUUGUUCGUUGGCUGUCACUGAGUAGCAUUUGCGAUCACUACACAAAGCUAACUAAAUUACCCCCAAGAACAGUCAGAGACGUAGGACAACCAGAGGAUAUAUAAGAAAGACAGGGCUGAUGGCAAAGGACAGCUUGUUGAAACAGGAGAAUGUCAUUGUCAGUCGCGUCGAUAAAAAAAGCUAAGGCUAUGCUUAGGUCGGCUCGUUUUUUUUCGUCUUUUUCUGCCUUCGACACUCAAGCCAUCUCUUUAACUGAACAUUUUUAUGUUCUUCCACAUCUUUGCCAGUGAAUUUGGCACCAGGCACAUCAUUUUCGGAGAGAAUUGGUACGUUUAGCUCUGUAAACAUCUCCUUCGUACACGAUUUCCAUUCAUUUCCUAUUAGGGACAAACGGUGGCUUGUCCCUACUUAGCAACAGUAGCUAAUGUCAUGAAUAUUAAUGAGUGGAAGUGACGUGUGGCUUGCGGUACGCCAUUCAAAAGUACUUGGGUCAUUUUGGCCACCUCUGGGUUUUUCCGGAGUAGAGGCCAAAUCGGAGUGACAAGAAUUCUCUGGGACUUCUAGUGUUAAAUCUUCAAUAAAUGCACAAGUUUACAUUGAAAUUUUAGACAGCUUUCUUAUCCCUUCAAUUGAAAAUGUAUCAUUUUCCAAGAUGACAAUGCAUCAUGCCACAGAGCUACAACUGUUCAAGCUUUCCUUGUAGAAAGACUCAUCCAGUCAAUGUCAUGGCCUGCAAAUAGCCCAGAUCCCAACCCCAUUGAUAACCUGUGGUGGAAAUUGAAAAAAAUGGUCCACAGCAAGGCUCCAACCUGCAUAGAUGAUCUGGCAACUGCAAUAAACGAGACUUGGCACCAAUUAAUGAAGAAUACUCAUCAAGUCCAUGCCUCAGAGACUGCAAACUGUCAUAAAAGCCAGAGGUGGUGCUGCUAAAUAUUAGAGAUGUGUUUUGAUUGUUAUUUCUUUGUUUGUUUCUAAUGAUUCCAUAUUUUUUUCCUCAGAAUGUAGUGGUUCCAUAUAUAUUUCCCUGCACUUCCCCUAUAAUAUUAACAUUAACUGACCACCACAAUGUUUUUUAUUCAUUUCUUUUAGUCUUUCUGAAUUCUAAAGAGUUGCACUUUUGAACUAAUUCAUUAAUUUUUCAAGCUUUUUAUCUGAGUUUGUUCUACAUGAUAAAAUGUCUGAGUGAGUGCUUGUCCGAGACUGGUGAUUACAUACUUUUUGCUUGGGGUUGUAUUAUGGUGGACGAUUUUGAUAACAACUUGUUGGUUCCUUUUUAAAACGAUAUCUCGAUUCUUGGCAGGAGCAUAUCGAUAACCUUUUUGGAUACAAAGUAUCAUGAUAUAUCAACAUUUUGAUAUUUUGUCACACCGCUAGUUUCAAUUGUUCUUUAAGUGUCCUUAGGCAGAGGGUUCACUUACUUAUUUUUCCCCCUUCUGUCAUUGUUUGCUGCUAUCAUCAUUAAAAUAUGAAAACCUAGAAAUGUUUGGGUGGUUUUAGUUAAAGCAGACGCUGUAUUUUCAUCUGUGUGAUUUUGACAAAGAUCAGAUGGUGAUUUUAUGCAAAAAUGUCAGAAAUUCCAAAAUGUUCAGAUACAUUUUCAUACCACUGUAACUCAUUAGCUGCCAUUGGCGGUGAUAGAAGAACCAGAGUUUACUUACUCACCACUCAGUAACUUUAGCAUAUUAGCAAUUACAACUCUGAAAUUCAGGAAAAAUAUCAACAAUCUUCCCGUCGUUGAAACGGCUUUAAAGUGAUUUAAUUGUAACGAAUAGGCUGCCAUUGACAGUCACAGACGUCAAAUUCAUUCGGAGUCUACGGACGUCAAUAGCACUGAAACAUAAAUCAUUCGACGCUAGCUUCCCAGAUGACGUCUAUCGCUAACAAUGGCAGUGAAUGUGUUAAACGGGAUAUCAAGAUAAUGGAAUAAAUGCUCGGUUUCAGUUUUGUUGUAGUUUUUUUUUUGUUUGUUCACACAAAUAACCAAUUACAGAUCAAUAUAAGAGUCUGGUAUGCAUAUAUACAGUAGUCCUAGCAACACGUCAGUAAACUUGGGUUCCUUAUCCACGAAAGCAUGAGCGCCACUUGCUUCCUAACCGUUUCUAAGCUCGGCAAAUCUUUACACUGUGCGCACAGCUCUUCCCCCGGCAUCCCCGACUCUCUGUCUUCUCAGCGUUCAUUAUAUUUUUUGUUUUUUCUUUGUCAAAUUAAAAAUCGGCCGGUCUCCGGGAAACCAAAAGUCACAAAAUUAGCAUCGGCGCUAGCAAAAUGGGCCACCUGUUGUUGAGUUUUUUUUUUUUUUUUUUAACAUAUCCGUGUUUGAAAAAUCAAAAAGAAAAAAAAAAAACGACAUAAUAUUCCAACCCAUUCCUGUAGACGUGUUUUUGGACCAUCAUUUCUAAUGUCACACAGACCAAAAGCAUGCAAAUUGAGUCGUUAUCGUAGUGACUGGACUGGAAUCUGUCUACUGUACCUUUUUGUUGAAAUGAAUGUGCCUCUGCUUUGAUAUUUAAACAAUUCUUUCUAGUUACGAUGUGGAUCUGCCAGAUUUACGAUGUUAAGGUGCCUUGUCACGGCAUGAGAAAUUAGAUUUGUAAAUGAACGUGGUUUUUUUUUAGUUAUCAUUUCGAGAUGAAUCUCACCACUUUGAAGCUGUUCAUAGACGUAGCGGUGUGGCUAAACCGUUUUUGGGGGGGGAUUGUGUAUCAUGUCUAGGAUCAAACUGUGCCAUAGAAAGCCCUUGAAAUAUGUUGGUUAUUUUUUUGAAAGAAAAAAAAAAGAUGUUUUUAUGUUGCCUGAGGACUUUGUCUUUAGAUUUGAUACAAAGGCUCGUAGCCUCAGCUCUCCCAAAGUCGCUAGUCUCCUUUUCCCAUAACUUUCCGCCCUCGUCCCCCCCCCUUCUGUCUCUUUGCUGCGAUCAAACAAAAUAAAGUAUUAACCUGAUGACCCAAUGAAACAAAGUUCAGUUUUUUGGGCUAGCUUAAACACAAACGCAGAUACAGUGAGGCAAAUAAGUAUUUAGUCAACCAGUAAUUGUGCAAGUUCUCCCACUUGAAAAUAUUAGAGAAGCCUGUAAUUGUCAACAUGGGUAAACCUCAACCAUGAGAGACAGAAUGUAGAAAAAAAACAAACUAGAAAAUCACAUUGUUUGAUUUUUGAAGAAUUUAUUUCCAAAUCAUGGUGGAAAAUAAGUAUUCGGUCAAUACCAAAAGUUCAUCUCAAUACUUUGUUAUGUACCCUUUGUUGGCAAUAAUGGAGGCCGAACGUUUUCUGUAACUCUUCACAAGCUUUCCACACACUGUUGCUGGUAUUUUGGCCCAUUCCUCCAUGCAGAUCUCCUCUAGAGCAGUGAUGUUUUGGGGCUGUCGUUGGGCAACACGGACUUUCAACUCCCUCCAUAGAUUUUCUAUGGGGUUGAGAUCUGGAGACUGGCUAAGCCACUCCAGGACCUUGAAAUGCUUCUUAUGAAGCCACUCCUUUGUUGCCCUGGCUGUGUGUUUGGGAUCAUUGUCAUGCUGAAAGACCCAGCCACGUCCCAUUUUCAAUGCCCGUUGCUGAUGGAAGGAGAUUUUCACUCAACAUCUCUUGAUACAUGGCCCCAUUCAUUCUUUCCUUUACACAGAUCAGUCGUCCUGGUCCCUUUGCAGAAAAACAGCCCCAAAGCAUGAUGUUUCCACCCCCAUGCUUCACAGUGGGUAUGGUGUUCUUCUGAUGCAAUUCAGUUUUCUUUCUCCUGCAAACACGAGCACCUGUGUUUCUACCAAAAAGUUCUAUUUUGGUUUCAUCUGACCAUAACACAUUCUCCCAGUCCUCUUCUGGAUCAUCCAAAUGUUCUCUAGCGAAUCGCAGACGGGCCUGGACUUCAACAGGGGGGACACAUCUGGCAGUGCAGGAUUUGAGUCCCUGGCGGCGCAUUGUGUUACUGAUAAUAGCCUUUGUUACUGUGGUCCCAGCUCUCUGUAGGUCAUUCACUAGGUCCCCCCGUGUGGUUCUUGGGAUUUUUACUCACCGUUCUUGUUAUCAUUUUGAAGCCACGGGGUGAGAUCUUGCAUGGAGCCCUAGAUCGAAGGAGAUAAUCAGUAGUCUUGUAUGUCUUCCAUUUUCUAAUAAUUGCUCCCACAGUUCAUUUCUUUAGGCAAGGCAAGGCAAAUUUAUUUAUACAGCACAAUUCAACACAAGGCAAUUCAAAUUGCUUUACAUCACAUGAAGAUUAUAAAAAUCACAUUUAAAUCAAUACAACGUAAAAACCAGGACAAUCAAAAUAGGAAAUCAAAUUAUACGUAAAAAUCGCAUUUAAUCACAAAUAGAAUCAAAAUAAAUAAAAAUAAAACAAAAACUACUAAAUAAUAAUUGAAAUCAGCAAUGGAGAUAAGCACAAGAGGAAUAGAAAGCAAGUAGAUUGAGAUAUAUAGACAGUUAUGGAUAUGCAGUGCUAAACAAAAGCAUUUUUAGCCCUGAUUUAAAGGAGCUAACAGUUUGAGCAUACUUCAGACGUUCAGGUUACUUGUUCCAGAGAUGAGGAGCAUAAUAACUAAAUGCUGCCUCACCCUGCUUGGUUCUUGUUCUUGGAACAUGCAGGAGACCGGUUCCAGACGACCUUAGGGGUCUAGAUGUCUCAUAGGAAUCUAACAAAUCAAGAAUGUAUUUUGGUCCAAGGCCAUUAGGUGUUUUGUAGACGAGCAGUAGUAUUUUAUAGUCUAUCCUUUGACUCACUGGAAGCCAGUGUAGCGAUUUCAAAACCGGUGUUAUGUGGUCCAGCUUCCUUGUAUUUGUGAGGACUCUGGCUGCAGCAUUCUGUACUAGCUGCAGCUUCCUGACUGAUUUUUUAUCAAGACCCGUAAAUAUACCGUUGCAAUAGUCCAAUCUGCUGAAAAUGAAUGCGUGAAUAAGUUUUCCCAUGUCUUGUUGAGUCAGAAGCCCCUUAAUUCUGGUUAAUAUUUUUUAGGUGGUAAUAAGCAGAUUUAGUGACGGAGUUUAGAUGGCUAUCAAAUUUUAGGUCUGAGUCAAUAAUUACGCCAAGGUUUCUGACUUGAUUUGUAGCUGUAAGUGACAUUGUGCUAAGGUGCCUGCUUAUCUUUGACCUUUCCUUUUUUGGCCCAAAAAUGAUCACUUUAGUGAUCACUUUAUACCAAGCGUUUUACCUAUUGCAGAUUCAGUCUUCCCAGCCUGGUGCAGGUCUACAAUUUUGUCUCUGGUGUCCUUCAACAGUCUUCAACCUUGGUCUUGGCCAUAGUGGAGUUUGGAGUGUGACUGAUUGAGGUUGUGGACAGGUGUCUUUUAUACCGAUAAUGAGUUGAAACAGGUGCCAUUAAUACAGGUAACGAGUGGAGCCUCGUUAGAAGAAGUUAGACCUCUUUGACAGCCAGAAAUCUUGCUUGUUUGUAGGUGACCCAAUACUUAUUUUCCACUCUAAUUUGGAAAUAAAUUCUUUAAAAAUCAAACAAUGUGAUUUUCUGUUUUUUUUUUCCACAUCCUGUCUCAUGGUUGAGGUUUACCCAUGUUGACAAUAACAGGCCUCUCUAAUCUUUUCAAGUAGGAAAACUUACACAAUUGGAGGUUUGACAAAAUACUUAUUUGCCCCACUAUAUCUCAAUUGUACAGAGAGAUUUUACAAUGUCAUUUAGCAUGUUUUCUCUUCAAAAUGGAAUAGUAAUAUCCGUGUAAUCGAUAAAAAAUUAAAAUAACUUAGCUGAGCCUCAAACAGUAUAAAGAUAAAUAUAUAAAUGAGGAUCUAAGCACAACAAAAGACCAAUUGGCUAACUUACUUAGCAAAAGCCCGCUAGCUUAAAUGCUAUAAAAUGCUAGCUUUUUUUUUUACAAUGCUCUUAACAAAUGAUUCAAACACAUAUUCCCUCAAAACCAGCUAAAUAUACCUAUAAACUAAAUUACGAAUGCAUUAAAAAAACAUUUGCUCAAACAAAAACUAAGCUUAUGUUGGUCUUAACAGGGUGCAGCUGGAUUCAGCCAUGUGAAAUGAGUUGUCAUAUUACUAAAGAGCAGUGUAUCCAGUCAAAUCAAUAAAACUAAAUGGAAACACUUUCAAAACAAACCAACGCAAAUGUCUCAAUGUACGGAGAGAUUUUACAAUGUCUUUUUGCAUGUUUUUUUUUCUUUAAAAAGGAAUGAUUUCACCCUCGUACAGAUAUUUGUUCGAAAAUCUCAUUGAAUAUUUGGUGAUGGAUUUCGGGCUGUAGCUAUCGAUUAUUUUAGUAGUCGAUUAAUCGAGUUAGUUCGAAUAAUCGAGUAAUUGAUAAAAAAUUAAAAUACCUGAGCUGAGCCUCAAAUGUUAUAAAAAUAAAUAAAUGAGGAUCUAAGUACAACUCAAGAACAAUUGGCUAACUUACAUGGCAAGCUAACUUACAUGGCAAAAGUCCGCUAGCUUAAAUGCUAUAAAAUGCAAUUUUUUUUUUUUUUUUUUACAAUGCUCACAAUGCUCUUAACAAAUGGUUCAAAAUAUUCCCACAAAAAACAGCUAAAUACACCUAUAAACUAAUAUACAAAUGAAUUAAAAAAACAUUAGCUCAAACAAAAACCUAGCUUAUGUUCGUCUUAAUAGGGAGCAGCUGAAUUCAGAAUUGUUUCACCCUUGUACAGAUAUUAAUUCGUGAAUCUCAUUGAAUAUUUGGUGAUUGAUUUAGGGCUGCAGUUAUCGGUUAUUUUGUUAGUCGAUUAAUCGAUGAACUACUUAGUUUGAAUACUCAAGUAAUCGGAUAAGGAACAUAAAAAAAUAAAACACCUGAGCUUGGCGUCAAACGGUAUUAAAAAAAAAAAAGAGGAUCUAAGUACAACAAAAGAACAAUUGGCUAACUUACAUAACAAAAGUCUGCUAGCUUAAAUGCUAUAAAAUGCCAACUUUUUUUUUUUUUUACAAUGCUCUUAACAAAUGGUUCAAAAAUAUAUUCCCACAAAAAACGGCUAAAUACACCUAUAAACUAAUCCACAAAUGCAUUAAAAAACAUUAGCUAAAACAAAAACUUAGCUUAUGUUGGUCUUCACUUGGAGCAGCUGAAUUCAGAAUUGUUUCACCUUGUACUGAUAUUUAUUCGUGAAUCUCAUUGAAUGGUGACUGAUUUACGGCUGUAGCUAUCGAUUAUUUUAAUAGUUGAUUAUUCGAGUUAGUUCGAAUAAUCGAGUAAUCGAUAAAAAAAUGUAAAUACAUGAGCUGAGCCUCAAACGGUAUAAAAAUAAAUAAAUAAAUUUGGAUCUAAGUACAACAAAAGAACAAUUGGUUAACUUAACAUAGCAAAAGUCCGCUAGCUUAAAUGGUAUAAAAUGCUAACUUUCAUUUUUUAACAAACAUAUUCACACACAAAAAAACGGCUAACUACACCUACAUUAUAAACUUAUAUACUAAUGCAUUAAAAAAAACAUUAGCUCAAACAAAAACUUAGCUUAUGUUGGUCUUAACAGGGAGCAGCUGAAUUCAGAAUUGUUUCACCUUGAACAGAUAUUUAUUCGUGAAUCUCAUUGAAUAUUUGGUGAUUGAUUUAGGGCUGCAGCUAUCGAUUAUUUUGGUCGUUGAUUAAUCAAUUAAAUAGUUCCAAUCAUCAAGUAAUCGGAUAAGGAACAUAAACAAAUAAAAUACCUGAGCUUAGCAUCAAACGGUAUAAAAAUAAAUAAAUGAGAAUCUAAGUAGAACAAAUGGCUAACUUACAUAGCAAAAGUCCGCAAGCUUAAAUGCUAAAAAUGCUCAAAAAUUUUUUUUUUUUACAAUGCUUUUAACAAAUGGUUCAAAAACAUAUUCGCACAAAAAAAAAAAAAAAAAAAAAAAACGGCUAAAUACACCUAUAAAUUAAUAUACAAAUGCAUUAAAAAAAAAACAUUAACAACAAAACAAAAACUUAGCUUAUGUUGGUAUUAACAGGGAGCAGCUGAAUUCAAAAUUGUUCCACCUUUGUACGGAUAUUUAUUCGUGAAUCUCAUUGAAUAUUUGGUGAUUGAUUUAGGGCUGCAGCUAUCGAUUAUUUUAGUCAUCGGUUAAUCGAGUUAGUAAGAAUAAUCGAGUAAUCGAUAAAAAACAAAUACCUGAGCUUAGCCCCAAACCGUAUAAAAAUAAAUAAAUAAAUGAGGAUCUAAGUAGAACAAAAGAACAAUUGGCUAACUUACAAAGCAAAAGUCCGCUAGCUUAAAUGCUAUAAAAUGCUAAAGUUUAAAAAAAAUUUUUUUUUUUUACAAUGCUCUUAACAAAUGGUUCAAACACAUAUUCCCACAAAAAACGGCUAAAUACACCUAAAAACUAAAAUAAAUGCAUAAAAAAACAUUAGCUCAAACAAAAACUUAGCUUAUGUUGGUCUUAACAGGGAGCAGCUGAAUUCAGAAUUUUUGAGGGUGGUGUGGAAGAGGUUGGUUUUGAGGAAAUGUAGAGCUGGGUGUCAUCCGCAUAGCAGGGGAAGUGAAGUUUAUGUUUGCGGAAGAUGGAACCGAGGGGGAGAAUAUAGAUAAUGAAGAGGCGCGGCCCAAGGACGGAACCCUGGGGCACACCAGCGGAGACAAGGAGAGAUUUGGAUUUGUGGGGGCCGAAUUUGACAAAUUGUGUGCGGUCAGACAGGUAGGACCGGUUGGGGGUUCAUUUAAUGACUGAGGUUUGUAGUCCAGAGAAUACGCUAACUGUAAAUAUUACCCAAAAGCAGCAACACAAAAACAAGUUAAUGUUUAAUCACAAAAUAUUGACUCAAGUCUAAAGUAGGCUUACAGUUUAAUGGAUUAUGACUAUUAAAAAAAUAAGUGCCCGAAUGGAAAAAAUGUCCGACAGGGGUUCUCCGCCAGUCCGCCCUUUCGCACGAUUUCAUGUGUGUUGUCCUAGCUUGUUUAUCCUGUUAGUCACCCCGUUCAAAUCGAUAUGACGCCAACCUGCCCUCUGGACCAGCGCACAGUCCAGGAUUAAACACUCCAUUGGAACAUCUAGGAAAGCGACCCACAACGAUGGCAAGUGGACCGCUACUUCUAACUUUGAGCAUCACGGCGCUGGCAUGGGGAAUCCAAGCCAAG